AUUGUCUUCAAUACCCAGUGCUUCAUGGAAGAAGUAAAGGAGCACCCGUACGUCAUUCAAUGUGAAGCCGCCAAGCCCCUAAUUAUCGACACCUUUAAAUUCAUGUAUGACCUGGACUUUUUGAAUCCACAGGCAGACGAGCUUACCACGCCACCGCUCGCAAUGCCGCGGCUGCCGCACGAGGUAAUCUUCGCAAUUGGUGGUUGGAGCGGAGGCACUUCAAAAGGUUGCAUCGAGACAUAUGACACACGUGCCGAUCGCUGGGUGAACAUAAACGCAGAGGAUCCCGCCGGUCCACGCGCCUAUCACGGAACCGCAGUACUUGGCUUUAAAAUAUUUUCGAUAGGCGGGUACGAUGGCGUCGAGUACUUCAACACCUGCCGAGUAUUUGAUGCAGUAAAGAAGAAAUGGAGUGAAAUCGCGCCAAUGCAUAGUCGCCGCUGCUACGUGAGUGUGACGGAGUUGAACGGCUUAAUCUAUGCGAUCGGAGGUUACGACGGUCACAACCGGCUGAACACCGUGGAGCGAUAUAACCCAAAAACCAAUCAGUGGUCAAUUAUCCCCCCAAUGAACAUGCAGCGCUCUGAUGCCAGCGCCUGCACCUUGCAAGGACGUAUCUAUGCCACCGGCGGAUUCAACGGUCAGGAGUGCCUUGACAGCGCCGAGUAUUACGACCCGUUAACCAACGCGUGGACGCGAAUAGCUAACAUGAACCAUCGUCGUUCUGGAGUUAGCUGCGUAGCCUUUAGAAAACAGCUGUACGUCAUAGGUGGCUUUAACGGUACGGCCCGCCUAUCUACUGGAGAACGUUUCGAUUCGGACUCCCAGGCCUGGCACUUCAUUCGAGAAAUGAAUCACUCACGUAGCAACUUUGGGCUGGAGAUUAUUGAUGAUAUGAUAUUCGCCAUCGGCGGCUUUAAUGGCGUCUCUACCAUCUCGCAUACCGAGUGUUACGUUGCGGAAACAGACGAGUGGAUGGAGGCUACUGAUAUGAACAUUGUCCGCUCAGCCCUGUCCGCCAAUAACGUAGCCGGGCUGCCAAACAAGCGAGACUACAUACACAAGGAGCGUGACCGACUAAUGGAGGAGCGGCGUCAGCGUCUCAUGGCCACCGCCAUGGCCCGAGAGGACGUCGGACACGGCAACACGUCGCAGUUGUUAGUGGAGACCAAUGACGGCGCCAUUAAUGACUACGAUAGCCCCAACGAAGAUGAAGAGACUGAGGGGCGGCAGCAUCAUGCACAACAGCAGCAGAACAUAGCACUCCCCCUAGGGCUGAACAUUCCAGCUGUAACUACUGGCGCGACUGUCUAUGCUACUCCGGGUACUGGACCAAAUACUCCACCAGGACUUGUGCAACCUCAGCACGAUGUCACCGACCAUCAAAACCAUAUAAUGGAAGAUCGCGGUCAGGACAAUAAUCGGCGCUUUCGUGUGCAGCUGCGUAAUCAGCGCCAUGGCUCGCAUCAUGAAAUUCGUCGUCGGUCCUAGGUGUUGGCGUGGCAGAGGCCAUUCAGCUUAGGUAUUGGAUUAUGGCCGGUGCUCUUAUUAAGUGAAAACUAGACAACAAAAAUGACGGACCCCUACAAAAGAUUAAGCGUUAGCGUAGGGCAAGGUAUUUUAUGCACUCAAGUCCUGCAGCGUAGCCCACGUCCGAUGAAACCGUUUUUCGAUAGCUCCAACACCCUUAAAAACACACCCGAAUCACCGUACUCUUUUAAUUUCCUAAAUCAUUUGGCAAGCAUGAAAAUUGAAAUUACAAUGUUCCUAAGAGAUUUACCAAUCGUCUUUAGUCAAAAUUUUAGUUGAUCCAAAUUCAACAAAAUGUACAAAAAAAUUAAAGGCAUUUCAAAUAUUUUUUAAUAAAGCCUUGCUUAUUUACAGUAA